AGAGACUCUUAUUAGCUAGGUAUUCACCCUAUUUGUGGCGAGCUACCCAUAUCAACUGCCCUUGAUUCCGAGUUGAGAUUGUCCGAUGAUUCCUAUAUCGAUUGCCCCUUUUCACGAGUGAGUUCUGCCCGGUUGAUCCCAUCUUUAACUUGGUUCUUUUAUUUGGUUCGAUUUGCUUGGAGCUGUGCUACUUUUGAUUGCAUCAAGUGGUAUCAGAGCUAAGGUUCAAGUCAGUGGCGUGUUCUUGAAGCUUCUUGAAGUUCUUUGGCAAUCUUGACGACGUGUUCAUGUUCUUGGAGGUCCUUGGAAGUUCUUGUGCAGUUUCUUGAAGAUCUAGGCGUGUUCUUGAGUUUCUUGAGCCGCAAGAUAAAAGGUUGAGUUUGGUUCUUGGAAAUCUAGUGAUCCUUGCAUCGCAAGCAUGGAGGCCGCGUUGGAUGCUAUCAAAACCCAGCUGGAGAACAUCGCGCGAGCUCAAGAGGAGCAAACAACGAGGAUGGGGGCGAUGGAAGCAGAAGCUUGAAGCUAACCCUAACCCUGAUCCUAGACCUCAACAAGGAGAAAGGGAAAGGGAAAAUCGAGCUCCUCCAACCUUGGUGCAUGAACUACAACGACAUAUGCGUCGACAUCGACGUCUUGGAAUGCCUCGAGCUGAGAAGAGAGGGCGGCAACAGCAACAUGAAGAGGUAGAGGUCGAAGAAUUUGAUGAGGGAUUUGAGGAUAAUGACGAUCUUAAAAACCUCUCGGUCACGAUUCCACCUUUUUGUGGUACCACAAAUCUUGAUGCCUACUUGGAUUGGGAGCGAAAGAUGAAAUUGGAAUUUGAUUGUCGCAAUUACUCCGAAAAGAAGAAGGUGACGUUGGUUUCCCUAGAAUUUUUGGAUUAUGCUCUCAUUUGGUGGGAUCAAUUGUGCUCGAGAAGGAGGAGAAACAGGCAGCGUCCUAUUGAAACAUGGGACGAAAUGAAGGGUAUCAUGAGGGAUCGGUUUGUACCGAAUUCCCAUUUGAGAGAUAUGUGUCAAAACCUCCUGCUUCUACGACAAGGAACUAAAAGCGUUGAGGAUUACCACAAGGAGAUGGAAGCAUUGAUGAUACGUGCUGAUGUCAGCGAGGAUCGCGAGGCUACCAUAGCUUGUUUUCUAUAUGGUCUCAAUCGAGAGAUCAAGAACGUAGUGAAAAUACAACUGUUCCUUGAGCUUGAAGAUUUGGUGGACAUGGCUAGCAAGGUGGAACGACAUUUACGAAAUAGGAGGUUUCAACCCUCCACGAAUUCCACACGAUCUAAAUAGGGGGGUUGCAACCAACCCUAAGCCGCAAAUGCCCAUGAAAGAAAAUCCCAGACUAGCAGCAAGGGCGGAUGGCGCAAAUCCAGUGAAGCAUGGUGGAUUGUCGAGGGAAAUUCAGUGUUUUAAAUGCCACGACAUAGGGCACAUUACGAGCUAAUGCCCUAACAAGAAGACCCUGAUUUUGCUCGACAAUGGUGAGUUUGUUUAUGAAGAAGAAGUCGAGGAAACCACCGAUUCUGAUAUUGAUGAGUCCAUUUACAACGAAAACUAGAAAGAUAUUUAAAGGAAAAUAAACCUAAUACAAACCUAAUAGAACUAGGAAAAAUUAAAGUAAAAAUCUACUCUAAAAAGGACUUAAAAUUCGGGUUUAAACUUCCUUUCUUGAAGCACAAGUAAGCUAUCAGCAAACAGUCCAAAAACAGCUUUCAUACUAACUUCACGCCAUUCAUUCGAGGCCCUCCAAUCUUUCAUACCUAUUUUCAUUACGUGGAAGCCUCUGGACUCGAAUCAACUCCAUGCCCCUCGAAUUGAGCUCCAAAGUAGGCUUCACAAACACGUUUCCAGACUUGGCAUUUUCUGGCAAUUUUCCAGUUUUGAGGAAGCAACUUUGAGGCCUUGGAAAACAACCUUAAUGACUUCCUCUGGAUCCAAAAAGCAUACCAUUGGAAAGAUGGCAACUUUAUCUUUAAAACAAGCACCUAACCUUGAAUUGACACCAAGCCAAUUGAGAGAACCAUGCCUCCAAAGUAGGUACCAUGAACUCGGAAAAUGACAGCCAAAUUCUGCCCUUCUUCUUUCCAACUUUGAUAGCUUCUUCGUCAAGUAAUUUAAACGUGCAUAGUUAACCAUUUGGGAUCAUAUCAGUCCCUCCCUCUUGAAAAAGUGUUUCCUUCAACACGUUAGCCUUUCGUUGCUCUAACUUUUCAGAAAAUUCAUCCCAAAUUGGAUCGAAAGAGGGCUGCUCAAACAUGUUAUUCUGCAGAAUUUUGACAGCUCAGGAAUCUCGGGCGUUUUAAUUUCCGUACAAUUUGAGGCGCGUUAGAGGUGCCUAAACCUUCCAUAAUCAUCUAGUAACUGAGUCCCAGUAGUUGUUUAUUCGAGCUCAAUCUCUCCAACGAGAUACUCAUUUUUGUAAUCGAACUCUGGCUUUGGAGAAGAGCUUCUGCAGAAUUUGGUCUUGCUGUUUGAUGAGACUUUGCCUCUAUUCUUUCUAUGGAAUUCAUUGCUGGGGUAAUUUGAAAUGUAUAUGCAACAUUGAUGACCCUCGAAUUGCCCUCUAACUCGUCAUCCAUGUCUGCAGAUUGUAGACUCUGUUUUGCCGGAGCUGAAGAAAACACGCUGCUCGCGUCGCCGGGGCAUUGUGCACAUCGGCAGGCUGCUCCUUGUCUUUUCCUUUCUUCUCCUUCCUUCAUUUAACCUCCAGGGACUCGUUACUGGCCUAGUCAUGCGCCGGCGUCGCCUUUUCGUCGUUGGCAGAACUACUGGCAUCAGAGCUCUGUUUUGUCACAGAAAAAAUGAGGCAUUCUGCGUCGGCCUGCUUCCUUGCUGGGCUGCUUCUUAUCGUCAACGGUGUCGCCCAAAAAGCCUUCCGAUAAUCGUCCUGGAGUGGGUGCAUCUCCCUCAAGUCUUCAGCGGCUUGUUCUUGAGAAAAGGGUGUUUGGACUUUUUAGGGACGAGGGUACACGUACGAUGGCCCAAGACCGGGUGACUAGGAUUAUGAUACAGUCGUGAACUACGUUCACUUUCCGUAAAGAAUAUUUCCACCCUCAACAAGCCUAGGGUUACAGGAAAUUUCUUCGUAUGAUAAAACUAUCACCACUUUAGGUUCCAGGCUUAAGUACCUAAAGCAUAUGCGAUAUUUAGCAUCAAGCAAGUCAUGCAUACAUCGAGCCCCCAGUUUAACAUUAAAUACUCCAGUUGUAA